AUGUCACUAAGAAGAGCUGCACCAAUGACUGUUGUACAUCUUUCUGGAGAACACGUAGAGUCAGGGGUCAUCCAGACUGCUCAGUCAUCUUCAGUAAUCCAACCCCCACAAGUACAGACAAUGCAGGUAUCAUUCUGGUCAGAGAGUGAAGAUUUCCAGGAUUCAUCUGAUAGCAUAGGCUCUUCACAGAAAGCUCGCGGGAUUUUAGCGAGGCGCCCAUCUUACAAAAAAAUCUUGAACGAACUUUCAUCAGAAGACACCAGAGAUAGGAAGGGAGACGGAGAAAAUCCUGGAGUUCCAACAGUCACAUCUAUGUCUGUCCCAAUUCCUAUCUACCAGACUAGCACUGGACAAUACAUUGCCAUUGCUCCAAAUGGAACAUUACAACUGGCCAGUCCAAACACCGAUGGAGUACAGGGGCUUCAGACAUUAACAAUGACAAAUGCAGGCAACACUCAACAAGGAACAACAAUUCUUCAGUAUGCACAGGCAUCUGAUGGACAGCAGAUAGUUGUCCCUAGCAACCAAGUGGUUGUACAAACUGCAUCAGGCGAUAUACAGACUUACCAGAUUCGUGCCACACCAACAAAUACUAACCUUCGCCAGACAGUAGUGAUGACAUCUCCAGUCACUCUAACAUCUCAGACAAGCAAAACAGAUGAUCCACAGUUGAAAAGUGAAAUAAGAUUGAUGAAAAAUAGAGAACUUGCACGAGAAUGCUGUAGAAAGAAAAAAGAAUAUGUUAAGUGUCUGGAAAAUGGAGUUGCAGUAUUGGAAAACCAAAAUAAAACUUUAAUAGAUGAAUUAAAAACUUUAAAAGAUCUCUACUCCCAUAAAAAUGUCUAA